AAUAGGCGAGAGACUUCUUGUUUCCUGGCAGAGCGGGGUCCCGGCACCGCAGCGCUAGGGUUUUGUUUGGGUCCUGGGUGGAGGACCCGGGUGCCGGGGCCCGAGGUGCCGCCUCGCUAGCGGGAGAGGGAGCGGGAGCGCCGGUCCAGAGAGAGCUCUCAGGGCCAGACUGGUGCAAAAGGAUGCUUUCCCAGUCCCGUGAUGGAGCUGCGCUGUGGGGGACUGCUGUUCAGUUCUCGGUUUGAUUCAGGGAACCUAGCCCAUGUGGAGAAGGUGGAAUCUGUGUCUAGUGAUGGGGAAGGAGGUGGAGCUGCUGCAGCAGCCCCCACUGGUGGCGUCACUUCUUUCCCUGACUAUGAAUUCAACGUGUGGACCCGGCCAGACUGUGCUGAGACGGAAUUCGAGAACGGAAACAGAUCAUGGUUUUACUUCAGUGUCCGGGGAGGAAUUCCAGGGAAACUCAUCAAAAUCAACAUUAUGAACAUGAACAAGCAGAGCAAGCUGUAUUCCCAGGGCAUGGCCCCCUUUGUUCGCACACUGCCCAGCCGGCCUCGCUGGGAACGCAUUCGAGACCGGCCCACUUUUGAGAUGACAGAGACACAGUUUGUGUUGUCCUUUGUUCAUCGUUUCGUGGAGGGCCGAGGGGCUACCACCUUCUUCGCCUUCUGCUACCCCUUCUCCUACAGUGACUGCCAGGAUUUGCUAAACCAGUUAGACCAGCGCUUCCCAGAGAACUGCCCUACUCAUAGCAGUCCCCUGGACACCAUCUAUUACCACCGGGAACUCCUUUGCUAUUCUCUGGAUGGACUUCGUGUAGACCUGCUAACAGUCACUUCCUGCCAUGGGCUUCGAGACGAUCGAGAGCCCCGUCUAGAGCAGCUAUUUCCUGACACCAGCACCCCUCGACCAUUCCGUUUCACAGGCAAAAGGAUAUUCUUCUUAAGCAGUAGAGUACACCCUGGGGAGACUCCAUCUAGUUUUGUCUUCAAUGGCUUUCUGGACUUCAUCCUUCGGCCUGAUGACCCUCGAGCCCAAACCCUACGUCGCCUCUUUGUGUUUAAGCUGAUUCCCAUGUUGAAUCCUGACGGUGUAGUCCGGGGUCAUUACCGCACAGACUCACGUGGAGUGAAUCUGAACCGUCAAUACCUGAAGCCUGAUGCUGCGCUGCACCCCGCCAUCUAUGGGGCUAAGGCUGUGCUUCUCUACCACCAUGUGCACUCUCGCCUGAACUCCCAGAGUCCCCCUGAGCACCAGCCUAGCUCCUGUCUCCCUCCUGAUGUCCCCCUUUCUGACCUUGAGAAAGCCAGCAAUCUCCACAGUGAAGCUCCUCUUGGGCAGUCAUCUGAUGGGGCUAACCCUGGGACUUGGACCCAGACAGAGCCAGCAGAACAGAAAGCCAACAGUGUGUGGAUUAUGCCGCAACAGUCUACUGAGCUUGAGGAGCCAGCCCCUGACACCAUCCCCCCCAAAGAGAGUGGUGUUGCUUACUAUGUGGACCUGCAUGGACAUGCUUCCAAAAGGGGCUGCUUCAUGUAUGGAAACAGCUUUAGUGAUGAGAACACCCAGGUGGAAAACAUGCUAUAUCCAAAGCUCAUCUCCUUGAAUUCAGCCCACUUUGACUUCCAGGGCUGCAAUUUCUCAGAGAAGAACAUGUAUGCCCGAGACCGUAGAGAUGGCCAGUCCAAAGAGGGAAGCGGCCGUGUUGCAAUCUACAAAGCCUCAGGGAUAAUCCACAGCUACACACUUGAAUGCAACUACAACACUGGACGCUCAGUAAACAGCAUCCCUGCUGCCUGCCAUGACAAUGGGCGUGCCAGCCCCCCUCCCCCACCGGCCUUUCCCUCCAGAUACACUGUGGAACUAUUUGAGCAGGUGGGACGAGCUAUGGCCAUCGCAGCUCUGGAUAUGGCAGAAUGUAAUCCAUGGCCCCGAAUUGUGCUGUCAGAGCACAACAGCCUCACUAACCUAAGGGCCUGGAUGCUAAAACAUGUGCGCAACAGUCGUGGCCUAAGCAGCACUGUGAAUGUGGGUGUCAACAAGAAGAGAGGCCCUCGAACUCCACCCAAAAGCAACAACGGACUGCCCAUUUCCUGCUCUGAAAACACCUUAAGUCGGGCACGAAGUUUUAGCACUGGCACAAGUGCUGGUGGUAGCAACAGCAGCCAACAAAAUUCUCCACAGAUGAAGAAUUCCCCCAGCUUUCCUUUUCAUGGCAGUCGGCCUGCAGGGCUGCCAGGCCUGGGCACUAGCACCCAAAAAGUCAGCCAUCGGGUGCUGGGCCCUGUCAGAGAACCCCGAAGCCAAGAUAGGAGACGGCGGCAGCAGCCACUCACCAAUAGCUCUACUGCAAGCAGCCUGGCCCCAAGCUCAACCCCUGCUAGUUCUGGCCCAGCCUCAUCACGAAGUCUGGGCUCCUGCCUCCUACCCAAUUCACUCAGCAUAUCAGGUAGCAGGUGUUCACUCUUAUCUUCGGAAGACAAGCCAGAGUCUGUCAUGGUGAUUGGGAAAAGUCUGCUAGGAACUAGUGCUCGGAUACCCUGCAUCAGGUCUCGACUGCAGGCUAGGCCCAGGUUGGGCCGGGGCUCACCGCCAGCUGGCAGAGGGAUAAGAGGCUCUUCAGGCCCCACAUCCCCUGUCCCCAGGACCAGAGAGAGCAAUGAGCCGGAGCCGGGACCCCGCUCUGCUACACCAGGGCUGCCUCAGGCUGGCCUCCCACGGCCCCACUCUGCCCCUGCCUUUUCUCCUAUUUCCUGUACUCUAUCUGACCCCCCACCCCGGAUGUGUUACAGCGGUGGUCCCUUGGGCCAACCUGAGGUUUGUUUUGUCCCUAAAUCUCCCCCACUCACAGUUUCUCCCCGAGUCUGAAAAUGCCAUUACCUUAAUGCCCAAAGUGGGGAACACAAUGAAAAAUAUGCUAGUCCCCCCACCGGCUGCUGACUCCGUGUGACAACCACAACUCCUUGGAAUGCCAGCCACACUGUCUGAAGCGUUGCAGAGCUUCACCUUGACACAGUACAAAACAGGGACUUACUACCCCUCCCCUCCCUCCACAGCACAAGAGUUUGGGACCACAAAAAAAUAUAUAUAUUUUUGUAUUGGGGAGUAGAAAAGAAAGCAGCCCCCAUACUGGGACCUAUUCAGUGGCAGCUUCUUGUUCCAUAAGGUUAAGAAGACUUUGAGGAAAUAAAACUUGUUUGGAAAAUUC